AUUGUCAUAUUGAAGUCAGUGGAGAGAUUCAAAUCAGGGUCCCCUGGCAUACAGCAGUAUUGGAGAUUGGAAUGCGGUAAUUUGUUGGAAAGGAAACGCCGACCAGUUCAGCAGCAGCAGCGCUUCUUCGUCCAAGAACGUGCCUCGAAGGCGAAGAACAGCCUGUUUAUUUUCACCGACUACAACACGACGACAGCUUCAACAACGACGGCAACACGAAACCGAAAACAAGUCUGAAGUAAACCCAGCCAGUGAAGAAAACGAUCCAGAACAAAUCCAAGCACCGUCAAAAGAAAUCGACUUCCCACCAUGGCCGUCGACGACUCCCUCCAAUCCGUCCUCCGCAUCCCCUGGAUCGCGUCCCUCGUCGCGGCGCCCGACAUCGUCGCGGGGAUCCCCGGCUGCCGCUUCCCCAAGUCCAGCACGGAGGACAGCCUGCUCGCGCAAACGCUCAAAACGGGCGACGCGCUCUCCACCUGCCUGUACUUCUACCGCAACCCGGCCGCCGCGUCCUCGGACCCCGGGUCGCCGAUCCCGGAGAUCUCGACCGUGUUCACGCUGGGGUCGGCGAUGAACGGCCACCCGCACAUCCUGCACGGCGGGAUGCUGGCGACGCUGCUGGACGAGAGCAUGGGCGUGUACGUGUCGACGAACGAGAAGCGGGAGCGUUUCGCGCGCACGGGCGACGAACAAGACAGGGCGGGCAAGGGCCAGGCCCCGAAGUUCACGGCCGAGUUGAAGGUCACGUAUUUGAAACCGCUGCGGACGCCCGGCACCGUGGUUGUCGCGGUGAGGCUUGUGCGGAAGGAGGGCAGGAAGGAGUGGAUGGUUGCGGAGGCCAGGCAGUUGCAGGGUGAGAGUGUGGUGCUGGUGGCGAGGGGCGAGGGAUUGUUUAUUGAGGCGAGGGGGAGUAAGAUUUGAUGGAACGAACGAACGAUUGUGUGUGGAGAGGUGAUUUUCCUUCGGUCUUCGAUCUUCGAUUUUUUCGAUUUCUUUUCUUUUUUCUUUUUUCCCUUUUCCAAGGGUCAGAUGCGCCCGAGGAUUUGUUUUGUGCGAUUUUUCCCACCGCCAAACAUCUUCUCCGUUCUCGACGUUUGGAGAAAACGAGUUCAUACAGAUCAUCACGGUUGAGAAAAGAGAAUAUGAGGGCACGGGAGGGAACCGACGGGUUUUUCUGUCACAUGUGAGAUAUUUCUUCCUGGGCCGCGAAUUCUCUUACAAUAGGAUAUGGGCGGUUGUGAUGGGAGAAUGGCAGAAGAAGGCGAGAGCGGAGAGUGAGAUCUCGUCUUUUCGUUUCGUCCCCAGUCCAAAAUGUUUCAAUUUUCAUCAAGGAGAUUCGU